AUAGUCAUACUACAACAACUCGGAUAUACUCAUUACUCGUAUCGAGUAUCGAGUAUCAACUGUUAACAGUAACAACGAUAGUGCAAACGUUCACAAACGUUUAAAUUUUAAAUUUUAGUUUUCAUGUUUUAUAAGUCACUCUUGACUGUCAUUUAAUAUUAUUAUGGUUUCGAUUGUACAAUUAGUUUGUCGCUCUUGCCGUUAAAACGUACCGAAAGUGUUAAUUUUCCACCGGGACUAUGAAGAUGUGCAGUUUAACCAUCCUUCGUUGAUGAAACAAUUUCUUCGAGUGUUUGCUACUAACAAUAAUAAGCCCUGCGCACACGGGUCGUUGACUACUGACUAGUUAUGGAGUCCAAGUUCUCGGGUUUUGCUAAAGAAACCACAGCUAGACCGGCAUGCAAGAAAUGCGGUUACUCUGGUCACCUAACGUUCCAAUGUCGGAAUUUCAUCAAAAUCGAUCCCAACAAGGAUAUCGUAUUGGAUGUAAGCAGCACGAGCAGUGAACCGGAAGAGGAGUAUGUGACACCACUGGUUCAGCUGCGUGAAACCGAGUUGGCUUUGAAAUUGAAAGAGGCGGCGUCCAAAAAGAAGAAAAAGAAAAAGAAGAAGAUGUCAAAGAAACGGAAGCAUAACACAUCUGACAGCGAUUCGUCAGACGACGACACAGUACAACGUAAAAAGAAACAUAAGAAACACAAGAAACAUAAAAAAGAAAAAAAAUCUAAAGAUUGAGUAGUGAAUAAGUAAAUAAUGUAUUUUGUAGAUUUUAAAUGAUUAAUUAAAUAUUUAAAAUUUCCAAAAUAUUAUUUUAUACAUUAAAUAUGACUAUAAUUAAUUAUUAUUUAAAUAAAUGGUAUGUAACAUA